AUGUCGCGGCGAACAUUGGUACUAGAUGGCUUAUGGUACACAUUGUGCCCAUCAUUUAGCCCUUCAACACUAAGUCGCCCACCUAUAUCUUUGAAAUCAACGAGGCAAAAUCGCAAACUAUGCUUGUUUCCGGGUAUCGCGACGGCCACCCGGAAGUGCUACAGCACCAAUACCAGCGGAACUGGCCGUGUAAUUACCCCUGGUGAUCAUUUACAGUCGACUAAUUCACACAAUGGAAAGCCUGCUUCUACCGAAUCUGAAUAUAUACCCGAUGAGCACCCAGAGAACCUGCUCCGUCAUACAUCGGACAGAACGACCUCGACCCCUCCAGAAGCAUCCAUAUUUUUUAAGAUGCGUACACAUAACAACUCGGAAAGAAAGGUUCCGGUUCAUGAUACCCGAAGAUUCUACGAAUAUCCCAGUUCGGAUCUGGAGCAUAUGCUAAGGAACAAACCCGGUGCCCUUUACAGAACGAUGAGUAUUCUACGGGCUUUGAUUGAAGAUCACCACAUUCAGCCACAGGCUUUCCACUACAAGUCGUUGAUACUCGCAAAUUCCGAUAGCAUCAAGGGAUCGCCGGAGAUGGUGCGGGCUCUUCUGCAAGAGAUGGAGGAGGAAAAGAUUACCGUGGACUCGGGCAUACUUCAUGUUGUCUUACAGGUUCUUGCUGUGCACCCAGACUAUUUGCUACGCCAAGAGAUCCUUCGCAGUAUUCGAGACCGAUGGUUCACAUUAAGUCCAGACGGAUGGCAUUUUGUGGUUGCAGGGCUUCUUCGAGAACAUCAGUUUGAGCUGGCCCUCGAUCAUGUGGCGCUGAUGGAGCGAAAAUUGAUACCGGUAAAGAAUUGGCUACAUAGCAUGAUCGUCUACAAUCUGUGUGACUUUGAAGAGUUUGAUGAAGUGUAUCGCCUGAUGCAAGCCCGCGUCGAACAGGGCUACGAUAUGACUCCCGAGCUAUGGGGUCACGUCCUCACAGCAGCAAGCAAGUCUCGACACUACGAAUUGACUCUCUACAUUUGGCAACGAAUGAUUUAUCUCGAGUACAUCCAGCCAUCGGAGGAUGUAUGCAAGAAUGCCCUCGCGACUGCUUCGCGUGCUGGGGAUAUUGAGCUAGCGCAGAACAUUUUUAAGUAUAUCGCGAAGAAGGGGACUCAAAUGGAUGCUUUGAGUCAUGAGCAGCUCAUCCUGGCCUAUUUGGAUAACGCUGACUUGUACUCUACAAUGGAGGUGAUGAGUACAAUGCACGAAGCGGGCUGUUCACCGACAGAUAGCUUAGUGGAGUCCAUUAUCACCCACAUGAUCAAGGAAAAGACAGAUCCCCGAGAGGUAUGGCAAAUUCUCAAAGCAUUGAAAAACUCCAAGCGAAAAAUCCCCAUCGACUCUGCCCGGGUUGUCAUUGAAUUCUGUGAGCGGGUCGUCAAAGAUGACCCAUCGAUUGCAUGGGACGCCAUGGUAUUCCACAAAGAGCUCUACUCAAUAUGUCCGAAUAGCGCCGAUACUCGUAUAUACAAUACUCUGAUGCAGAUAUGUCGCCGAGCUGGAAAUCGGGCACCCGCCAUGUUCUUACUGAAAGAGAUGGUUUCCCUUCGCGUUGUUCCAGACGCAACCACUUUUGAAAUCCUCAUUUUAAUGUGUCUUGAAGCUCGCAACUACAAGUCGGCCUACAUGUACUUCCAAGACUUACUCAAGCGGGAUGGCUCACUACGUCAAAAGGCGCGGGAAGAGAUCCGACAGUUAUGUGCCCAAUCUGUGCAUGAAUUUGCAAUGCAGCUGCAGUAUAAUCCCGGAAUAGGGGAUGACGAAAUUCCAAUUGACUCAUCAACCAGCACGAGAAAGCUCACAGAAAACUCAUCGAUUGAAUCGACUCAUUCUAUCGACCUGAUCGACCAGGUCAAGGAAGAGGACUUCACCUAUUGGGUACCAGCCGCUGUCCGUCGCAAAAGACUCUCGGACGAAGAGCGCAAAGCGUGGAACAAGAAGCGACGUCAAAGCAAACGAAAAUAUCAGGCCCUUGCACGGAUAAAGGCGGAGAAGGCGGAUAAGGACACCACUUCAAGCUAA